AUGUCUUAUUUUUUUAAGGUUUGCUGACAUUUGCCUACGGAAACAAAAAUCAGGGUCUAAAGUUUGUCUAGAAGAGGCUGUCAUUCAAUAGAAGAAUUAUCAAGGAAUUGCGACCCUCGCUGAAGCUGUGGAUUAGACCAACCCAAUGGAGGAUCUAAAACACAGGGGGAGGAAGAGAGAGGGAAGGCACAGGGACACAUGGGAUCCAUUCCAACUGAAUCCUGUAGGAGCAGAAAAGGAGAAAAAAAGAAGAUGCUUCCAAUUCGCUCAGUACCUUGUGGCUGUCAUUGUUGGGCUUGCCGUCCUGGCCAGUGCUGUCGUUUCUAAGGGGUCUCUCUUAAUGUUGGCGGCACUAUCCAGUCCAAAGUCAUUCCGUGAACCCGGUGAGCGACAGUUCUACAUGCUGAUGCUGGUGUUCUGCCUGGUCUUCCCCAACUUCUUAGUAUUUUUGAAGUCACUCUGGCGCUGCCUCUUCAAGACAUUUGAAUCACCCAAUAUGAAGACCAUGGCCUUCAUUUGUCUGAUUGAGUGUGUGGUAUCUCUUGGUACCUCAGUAAUGGUCCUCGUAGUUAUGCCUCAGUUUGACGUCCUGACGAAUCUCUUCAUUAGUGGAGGAGUCUGCAUUUUCUCUGCUGUGCUACAGAUCGUGUUCAGAUUGCAAAGGGAAAGUUGGAAAAUUCUGUUCCCGAUCUGCUCCCUCCUUCUCACCACUUCUGGUUACUGCCUGCUGGUGAUGGAUUACUAUGUUCGUAUAAAAUCCUUUGUGGAUCGACAAAAAGAUGAUAGCUAUUUAUACGUGGGCAUAGGGAUUCUUUCUUCAAUCCUCAUCUCAUUCUGCUGGUGGGAAAACGCUGUCCAGGCUAAAAACCGCAUGCAGGAAACACUGAAGGAUUUGGAACGUUACAAGGACUUUGUCUUUGUCAUCAGCAGCAUUUUGAGAGUACUGGUGAUAGGAGCUGUGUACCUCAUCUACCAUGUACUUAUUGCAAAGACAAUUGACUGGCCUAAAUUUAAUCUGGCAGGUAAAGACCAGAAAACCCUCCAAAUAGGCCUUAUUCUCCUUUUCUUACAGGCCUUCUGUUCGGCAGCCUGCCACUGGUUUGGGGUGGUUGCCUGUAAGAUCCAUGCUGUGCGCAUGAGUUUUGCACUGCCACUGUGUGCUACGGGUCCUGCCGUGCUGUUGCUGGGACUGAUACUUUUGCUGACACAAGGACAGAACUUUGUUGACAUAAAGUACAAAAACAUCACUGGUAAUUUCUUCCAAUUUUGUACACAUUUGCAUCUGGCAACGGACAAAAACACAACUAAUGUUCCUUUGUUUGAAAUGACCCGUAGCAUCUGCAGUACUUCACUCAACAGCCACUACUUGCAAUGGCCUACUGCAAUGUUGUUCCUGGAGGGUGUUUGCAUGUGGGCUGGAUUGGUCUCCUGUACCUAUUAUGUGUGGAAGAUCCAGGUUCAGCGAAUUGAGAGAACAUCGCAGCUCUUUGUUCGUCGUCUCUAUGAAUCUGCCUUCAUCGACCUAUCUAUGCUGCUCAACACUAAGAUAAAGCUACCAAAGGCCCAAACAAAUGAGAAGUAAGUCUCAAACCAAGAUGAACUCCAAAGUGUUGUGAUCUAUCUUUGUGCCACAAUGUGGCACGAGACCUAUGAUGAAAUGCUGAAGAUUCUCACUUCAAUGUUCAGACUGGAUCGUUAUCGAGGGGAUCCCAAGGAGGACCACAAGGACAGCUUUGACUUUGAAUGCCACAUCUUUGUAGAUGACGCAUUCAUGACAGAGAAGGAGACAGGAAAACGGCUGGUUAAUGAAUAUGUGAACGACUUGACUCAUGUAGUAACAGAAGUUUACAGGGUGUUCACCAAUAAAGAGCCGGACGAUGUAUCCAUCAUAGACACUCCUUAUGGCGGGAGGUUAAUGUUUGUCCUGCCUGAGGGUAACAUGCUCUAUGUUCACCUAAAGGACAAAUCUCUCAUUCGCAACAAAAAAAGAUGGUCCCAGAUAAUGUACAUGUACUACCUGCUUGGGUGGAAAGGUUAUAUUACCAAGAACCCCCAAAAAAUGCCGCGAAUGGAUGCCGCUAGAGAAAGUCUGAUCUCUAUGGACGGGGAGAUUUUCCUUUUGCCUCAGUACGACAAUGAUAACAAGAGAAGAUUCAUUUCAGAUGACAACACAUACAUCCUGGCUCUGGACGGAGACACAGACUUCCAUCCUAAAGCAGUAGUACUGCUUGUGGACAGGUUGAGAAUGUAUUACAAUGUAGGUGCAGCAUGCGGCAGAAUCCAUCCGACUGGUAUGGGUCCCAUGGUUUGGUACCAGAAGUUUGAAUAUGCAGUGGGCCAUUGGCUACAGAAGACUGCAGAGCAUGUGUUCGGCUCUGUGUUGUGCAGUCCUGGAUGUUUCAGUCUGUUUAGAGGUUCUGCACUGAUGGAUGACCACAUCCUAAAGAAGUACACAACAACUUCAACAAGAGGAGCAGAAUAUGUGCAGUAUGACCAAGGGGAGGAUCGUUGGUUGUGUACCUUGCUGUUGCAACAAGGAUGGCGGGUGGAAUAUAACGCUGCAUCGGAUGCAUACACUAACUCACCACAGGAAUUCAAAGAGUUUUACAACCAAAGGAGACGAUGGGGACCUUCUACACUGGCUAACACCCUUGACCUUUUGCACAGUGGAAGUGAGACGGUGAAGAAAAAUCAGUCCAUCUCAAGGCUUUAUAUCUUCUAUCAGAUGUUUACAGUUGGGUCCUCAAUCCUGGGACCCGCCUCUGUGACACUGAUGGUAGCAGGAGCUUUUCAGUUCAUCUUCAAGAUUGACGGCGCCAUUUCCAUCAUCAUCUCAUGCAUUCCCCCUACCUUAUAUAUCAUCAUCUGCUUUACAACUAAAGCAAAUACUCAAAUAACAAUAGCUGCACUCAUGAGCGUUCUGUAUGCAUUCCUUAUGACUGCAUCCCUCUUCUCCAUCAUUGGUGAUAUGGUGGUGCAGAAGACAUUCUUGACCCCCACCGGUGUGUUUUUGAUCUCAAUGACUAUUAUGUAUCUGAUCACAGCCAUACUUCAUCCAGAAGAGUUUGGGUUGAUUAUCUAUGGGUUGAUGUAUUUCAUCUGCAUUCCCAGUGGAUACCUCCUGCUGACCAUCUAUGGACUGGUUAACAUGAACAAUGUGUCAUGGGGCACAAGAGAAUCCAAGGAAGAAGGAGAAGAAAAGAAACAUCACAGCGUUGUGUGCAACAAAGACUGUAGACUGUGCUGCUGGGACUGGAAGAUUCAGGAUGAUGAUGAUGAUGAUGAUAACCUGAGCCAAAAAUCGUAUUCGUCUGAUUCAUCUAAUUCAUCUCACUCAUCUGAUGAAGUCGAUGGUGAUUUAGAAGAAAUGGAAGACAUUCCUGUCCGCGACUGGGUGGAGCCUGUAAAAGAAGAGUUUAUGAAGAAGCUAACUUAUUUCAACAUGAAGAGAAAUCUUGAAGCACAACUACGAUGCACACUCAACAACAAAAGUCAUGAGGAUUUAUGUGAAGAACUGGUCCUAAUGUUAACAGACACGAUCAAUAUAAAGCUAAGCAAAGCAGGACCGGAAGAUAUUUUGGAUCAAGCUGAGCUUGAUGACUUACAGCAUGAACUCACUAAUCAGGCUCGACGCAUCUUGAAAAAUGAUAGAAUGACUAAAUUAGAAAAGAGAGUGAAAAGAGCUAUAGAGAAAACCCUCAGUGCCCCACAGGUGCAAAGGCUGGAUGAGGGUGAGAAGGACUUCUGGGAUAAGCUGAUCGAACGAUAUUUGACACCUAUCAAUGAUACACCGGAGCACAAGGCAAGAGUCAGCAAAGAACUGAAGUCACUGCGAAACAAGGCUGUCUUCCUGUACUUCAUCAUUAAUGUGCUUUGGGUGGUAGCAACUUUCUUCCUGCAGCUGAUUGGAAACGACAUCAUCAGCAUCAAGAUUCCUAAACAUAUCCCGGGUCAAAAUACUACAGAAUACCUGAAGGUGGAGCCUCUCAGUUUAAUGUUCCUGUUUUCCUUUGCCAUUCUUCUUCUCGUCCAGUUUGUGGCCAUGUUGUAUCACAGGGUGUACACUCUGAUCCAUGUAGUAUCCUACCGUGGCACAGAGAAAGACUACAAAAAGAAAGACGAGGAAGAGGAAGAGGAGGACGCCACUAUUGAGAACCAAUACGCAAAUUCUCUUUACAGCGAGGACUUCCAGCUGUAG